AUGCCUCCCGUUAUCCAUUGCGUGCGCCAUGCUCAGGGCUUCCACAACCUUUGCACAGAAAACCAUGUCAUUCGCGACCCCCUCCUUACCGACUUGGGCAACGAGCAAUGCCGCAAACUCUCCGAGAAAUUCCCCUUCCAUGACAAGAUUGAUCUCGUAACGGCCUCUCCUCUCCGCCGUACUAUAUACACCGCAUUGCAGAGUUUCGGGCCUGUUUUUGAAGCUCGAAAGGAUACGAAGUUGAUUCUGCUCCCGGACGUGCAAGAAACCAGCGAUGUUCCUUGCGACACAGGUAGUGACCCGGAUGUGUUGCGGAAGGAAAUGGAGGACAACGGACUGCCUGUUGACUUAAGAUUGGUGCAUGAGGGAUGGAACAACAAGGCUGGUCGGUAUGCCCCGACGCAUGACGCGAUCAGAAAGCGAGCCCGCGAGGCUAGACGGUGGUUGAAGGAGAGACCUGAGAAGGAGAUCGUUGUUGUGACUCAUGGUGGAUUCCUGCAUUACUUCACCGAGGAUUGGGAGGAUAGCAGCCAGUACCAAGGAACGGCCUGGGUUAACACCGAAUACCGUACUUACGAAUUCUCGUCCGAGGUCCACAAGACUGACGUGGAAGGCCAUGAGCUUGAGGGCGAGGAUGCAACCUUGGUUGAGACUAUACCUUCGCGCGAGCGUCGUGGCAAAGAAGGCCCGGCACCUGACCGGGAAUCUCAGAAGACUCUGUACAAGAAAGGAACGCAGGGGUGGGAUGACCAGGGUUUGCAAUUGAGCACGGCUGAACGUGAAGCGGCCAAGGUUCCAGAGGGCAAAGAAGUUGAUGGUGUCCGUGUAUGA